UUACAGCUUCAGUUAAAACUGUUUUUAAUUCAUAAUAAUAAUUAUUAGUAGUAUCUAGAUAGUAAGUGUAAUCUGUUCAUUCUUUUCAAGGGCAGCUAAUUCAAAUAUAUCAUCUGCGUGACACAGAAUCUAGUAAAUUAAUGGUGAAAAGACAAAUAAAAAUGAGUCUGGUAAAGAUUUGCUGAAGUUUUAUUUAAUGUUUCUGAAGCUGCUAUGAAUCACGUGUUGUUUUGGAUAGUACUAGCAGCAGAGUGAGGGAAGGGCUGUGGCAUGUUUUUCUUGGAUUAAAUGUUUCCUGACCUCAUGUUCAUGGUCAGUGCGCUGCAUGUUUUGAGUGUUAGUUGGCUUGUUGUGUUCGGCGAGUACACAGCACAUCUUCACUGACUCACGGGGUAGGCGUUCAUGCAAAGGCAUCAGAGCAUUGCGUCUGCCCUGCCGGUGUCUAUGAUCUGCCCCUUCUGUUUCCAGUGGAGACAGCUGGGCAAUCAUCACGUGCGUCUGCGGCCCAAGCGGAAGCCCACAGCCACGGUUAGGAGACUUCUGAAGAGGGAGUCGGCAGGAAAGAGACUGAGCGCAGAACAGACUGUAGUCCUUCAAAAAUUUAAAAGGGCCUCUAAUGCUCUGAUGGCAAUGUGUCACACCUGUAAUAAGGUGUCCAGGCAACCAGGAAUGAAUCGGGAGCUUUUGACUACCUUGUCAAGGAUCCGAAGUACCCCAGGAAGUGCAGGCAAACACAGAACUCCACAGUCAGCCAACAAGUCUACUCCAAAAUCUGUAAUAGACCGAACACCGAGUGGCACACCAAGGUCAGUAUCUUCAAACACCAGCUCGUCAUCAUCAAAGCCUGGCAGUGCGAAGUCGUCGCCUUUCGCUCGCCUCAAAAAGAUCCUCAUGCUGGAAAACAAACAGCAGAGCAAGAAAGGUGGUCUGAAGGACUUCCUCUCAUCUCUCUGAAGACCUCAGGGACAUUAACAUGAAAGACUCUGGCCCACUUUGAGUGGAGCUGCUAAAAUUCAGUGCAGGAAACUUGAUCACUCCUCCUUUUGUAUUACCUUGCCACCUAGUGGGGGAGACAUUAGGCUGGAUUGUAUUGAAGGACGGGUUAAUAUUGAACAGAACAUCUCCUUUUCUUCUGUCAAGUGUCUGUUUCUGAAUCCUUCUGGAUGAGUGGGGGAAAAAGUACUUCUGUAGGGGAGUGUAACUUGUGCUACAGAACCAUGCUGUGAUUUUUAUUUUUAAAUUUGCCAUUUAUUUUCAUGGUCCCACAUAUUGCUCAUUUUUGUAUAAGAAAGAUAACCUUUAUAUGUUGUGUGUUUAAUGUUCAUUUUUGUACACUUUGAAUUCACAUUUAUAUCCGCAGCUCUUAGUUUGGAUCACUGAUAUUAAAACAAGCAUUGUCUUUACCCUUUGCUUACACACUGAUUUAUUAUUUUAUUUUUAAAUGCAAAAUUUGUGCUGGGUUGUUUACAUUUGAUGGCUUAUUUGUUGUCAAACUAUGUAGCAAAAGACCAAAAAUAUUUCAUACGGACUAUUCUCAAUACAUUUUAAAAGAGAGGUGAUGUUUUUGUCUUGUUUGAUCUUUGAUGGAUCAUUUUCAAUAAAAAAGUAAAAUAA